AGAAGACAGUUACAGCGUCCUCUGUUAAACCAGUCCUACGGUUAUUAUCUGAGGAUAUUUUGCUCCCAACCGAGGAAGACACGGAGUUGACGCGCAACCUAAAAAGAAAAAUAGUUAGCAUCAUGGAAGACAAAUAUAGUGCACCUGCAACACAGCAACUGUUGGCAAAGGCCACAUUAAUUGAUCCAAGAUACAGGGACAUCAACCCCGGAGAUGACGUUAAAGAUGUGCUCCUGGAGGAGAUGCUGGCAAUGCCCGAUGAGCGGAGUGAUGGCGGGGAUGGAGAAGGUGCCAUGCGUACCUCGGCGGCUGGAGAGGGAGAAGGAAGUGCACCAUCGCCUCCAGAAAAAAAAAAGAAUUUUGCAGACCUGCUUGGAAAGAGAAAAGCACAGUCCUCCAAUCCGGUCCCAAAAAGAAUCCGUGCAGACACUGAAGUCGCAAGGUAUUUGCAGGAGGAAGCCCUCGAUCUGCACUCUGAUCCGCUUGCCUGGUGGCGGGAUAAUCAGGCUCGAUUGCUUCUUCUUUCGAAAGUUGCCAGAAAAUAUAUGACUAUAUGCGCUACGAGCGCUCCCUCGGAGCGUGUAUUCAGUGCGGAAGGCAACAUUGUCACUCCGUUAAGAUCUUCUCUGAAACCAGACAAAGUGAACAUGUUGGUUUUCCUGGCAAGAAACUCGAAGACCGAAAAAUAA